UCGAGACCACAGAAGCAAUCCAUAAAAUGUGUAUUUUCGAGCAGCUGGAAUGGAGUUGUAUCGCAAGGGAAUAAACCUUUCAGACCGUGAUUUGAAUCUAAGCUCAGUGAUAUUCAUGAUCAACCGUGGAUCAGGAUUUCUCCUAUUUACAAAACUCGAAUACUUUUGAAUUUUGAUAAAAUGGUUGUGGACAAAAAGAAUUUUACUAUGGAAAAUGGCGUUUACAAAGGGCAAGAAACGUAUCAAUCGAUUCAGUAUAAAAGUCUUGGAGAAUUAAUGUGGGUUAGCAUUACAAAUUAUGAGGACAAAAUCGCACAUUUGGAUGCACGCACUGAUGAAACAUUUACAUAUGGAGAGUUGCAAGAUAAAGCUGUGAGAUGCGCAUUGUGGCUGCAAAAACAGGGGAUUAAAUGUGGCGACGUUAUUAGUGUAUGUACAAGUAAUCAACCCAACUCAAUAGUGCCCUGUAUUGCAGCGGCCUAUAUCAACGCAAUCUUUAAUCCGUGGAAUGAAGAUAUGGACCUACCAACUGCAUUGCACGUUUUACAACUGACCACGCCGAAAGUUAUUUUCUGCAGCGAGAAAUCAGUAAAUGUAAUUUUAAGCGCAAUGAAAGAGAAAAAUUGCAAUCCCAUGGUGGUGGUUUUCGGCAAUCAUGCCAGCGUGAUUUCGUUGUCCGAUAUCCUGAGAAAUUGCAAUAAUGCGGAAGCUGCAAAUUUCCGUUAUAUUGAGCUUGACGAUGUCAAGAAGACGGCAUGCAUCAUGCAUUCGUCGGGCACGACGGGGAUGCCAAAGGGUGUCGAAUUGUCUAACCACACUACGAUUCUUAUGACCGAGAAUAAUAACCUGGAUAUGUCGAAUGUGCCAACACUUUGGUUUUCAUCUCUUUAUUGGAUCAGUGGAGUAAUGCUGAACGUGAAAGCGAUUUCGCAGGGUGCCACAGUAAUCCUCUAUUCGGAAUUUGACGAGGACGUGACCUGCCAAUUGAUUGAGAAAUAUAAAGUAGCAGUCAUGUUCCUUAGUUCGAGUAUGAUAAAUCGAUUUGUUCGAGCAGGUUAUAUAAAGAAAUAUUCGUUACCAUCUUUAAAAGUUAUACUAGGUGGUGGUGCAAUAAUUAAGCCAAAAGUGCAGGAAGAACUGAGACGUACAUUACCACACGUUCAGAUAUUGCAAGGUUAUGGAAUGACAGAAGUCGGUGGUCUUGCAACGUGUCAAUUACCGAAUCACAAAAAUGGAUCUUGUGGAAUAGUAGUCAAGAAUGUGCAAAUAAAAAUUGUGGAUCCUGAAAGCGGAAAAGUACUUGACCCAAAUCAAUCGGGAGAAAUAUGGCUAAAAUCUGCAGUCAUGAUGACCGGUUAUUAUAGAAAUCCCGAAGCGACGAAAAGUACGAUUGAUGAAGAAGGAUGGUUGCACACGGGUGAUAUCGGUUAUAUUGAUGAAGAUGGAGAAUUGUUCAUUAUUGAUAGGAUAAAAGAACUCAUAAAGUAUAGAGGAUAUCAUAUCUCACCCGGAGAAAUCGAGGGUGUUUUAAUAUCGCAUCCAGCAGUGCUAGAAGCUGCAGUAAUAUCGAUUCCUCAUGUAACAGAUGAUGAACAUCCUCUUGCAUAUAUUACCAAAAAGCCCGGCGCUAAGGAGACGGAGCAAGAAUUAAUAGAUUUUGUGGCUAAAAAUAUGAUGGAUCAUUACAAACUUCGUGCUGGAAUUAUAUUUUUAGAUGUUUUUCCGUAUACAGGUUCAGGGAAAAUUGCAAGGAAAGAUUUGAAAGAAAUGGCUAAAAAAUUAUUUCAACGAGGGAUCAUAGAGGUAGAUAAAUAUCCGAUGGAAGGGAUAUCACAGAUAUAUCAUACAAGCGAUAGACAUGACAUCGUUGGAGCACAUUCAGAAUCUUUGUUUACGAUAAUACAUCCAGAUAUUUGCAGUAAAAUGCUUGAACAAGAUUCAAAGAGUUUUACUAUGAAAGAUGGCGUUUAUAAGGGGCAAGUAAAUCAUGAAUUGAAUAAAUACAAGAGUCUCGGAGAAAUAAUAUGGCAUAACAUUAGAAGGCAUGGAGAAAAAAUUGCACAUUUGGACGCGUGCACUGAAGAAACGGUCACAUACGCGAAGUUGCAAGAUAAAGUGGUAAGAUGCGCCUUAUGGCUACAAAAACAAGGAAUCAAAUCUGAUGACAUCAUCAGUGUGUGCACGGGUAAUCAUCUUAACUCCAUCGUGCCCUGUCUUUCGGCAGCUUAUAUCAAUGUGAUUUUCAAUUCAUGGGACGAAGAUAUAAACCUAAAAACUGCCCUGCACAUUUUGCGACUGAUCAUGCCGAAAGUGAUCUUCUGCAGCGAAAAAUCGGUGGAUGUCGUCUUGAGCGCGAUAAAGGAGCAGAAUUGUAAUACUAUGAUAGUAGUUUUUGGCAAGCAUGUUGACGCGAUUUCAUUCUCUGAUAUUCUAAGUAAUUACAACGAUGUGGAAGUAGCAAAUUUCCGUUACAUCGACCUUGUUGAUGUCAAGAAGACAGCGUGUAUUUUACUUUCGUCAGGCACAUCAGGAAUGCCAAAAGGCGUUGAAUUGUCCAAUUAUGCUUUGUUACUUGUUUGUCAGGAUACAAAUAAAAACAUAUCUAACAUGUCAUUACUUUGGUUUUCUUCUCUUUCCUGGGUGACUGGAGUAUUACUGAAUUUGAUUACGAUCGAGCAAGGCAACAAAGUGAUCAUCUACCCAGAAUUUAACGAGGAGAUGACAUGCCGACUAAUCGAGAAAUACAAAGUAGAAGUUUUAUUUUUUAGUACGAGCUUACUAAGUCGGUUUCUCAGAGCGAAUUGUAUAAAGAAAUAUACUUUAUCAUCUCUGAAAGUUAUAGUCUACGGUGGUGCAAUUAUGAAUCAAAAAGUGCAAAAAGAAUUGAAAUAUACUUUACCUCGCGUUAAAAUAUUUCAAGGUUACGGAAUGACAGAAGCCGGUGGUCCUGUAACGACGCAACAAUUACAUCAAAAGAACGGAUCUUGCGGAAUCGUAAUUACAAAUGUGCAAAUAAAGAUUGUGGAUCGUGAAAGUGGGAAAGUACUUGAACAAAAUCAAUCGGGAGAAAUAUGGCUAAAAUCUGCAACCAUGAUGACUGGUUAUUAUAAAAACCCUGAAGCGACAAAAAGUACGAUUGAUGAAGAAGGAUGGUUGCACACGGGUGAUAUCGGUUAUGUAGAUGAGGAUGGAGAAUUGUUCAUUAUUGACAGAAUAAAAGAACUCAUAAAGUAUAGAGGAUAUCAGAUUUCUCCCGGAGAAAUUGAAAGUACGUUAAUGUCACAUCCGGCGGUGCUAGAAGUUGCAGUAUUAGGAGUGCCUCAUGCAUUAGAUAAUGAACAUCCUCUUGCUUACGUCACCAAGAGACCUGGCAUCGAGGUGACAGAACAGGAAUUGAUCGAUUUUGUAGCGAAGAAUAUGGAAGAUCGAUGCAAAUUACGUGCAGGAGUUAUAUUUAUGGAUAGUUUUCCAUAUACAGGUUCAGGGAAAAUUUCAAGAAAAGAUUUAAAAGAAAUGACUAAGAAACUAGUAAAUUAUGAUGAUUAA